AUGGAGCCGAGUGGAACGAGUACGGACCCGAUCACUCCUACGAAGAAUGGGAUCAGGCCGCAAUGGAGGAUCGGCCUCCAGAGUUGGGACGGUGUCUGGAGCGGGAGAAGGCGAGUAGGCUCCGCUCCUUCCUUGUCGUCAACUAGAGGAGUAGGGGAGCUGGGCCGCGGAGGAGAGCUGCUCGCCUCUGCAUGCAGCUCAUGCUACGCGGGAGCAGGAGACGCGACUUCUUGGGAGUCACUCACGUCCGCAGCACCGGAAGGUGUGGAAGGAGAACGGACAGGAGCAUCUUCCUCGAAAACGGGAGGAGAAAUACCAAAAUGA